GCGAAAAUGAAGGUAUUGGUGAUGUUCGCUCUCGUGCUGUGGGGGGCAGAUACUCAGGGCUCGGAUGGGCAAGAGACGCAGCAGGAACAACCGCGCAUCCUCUGUGGCCGCGUGUUGGCUGAGACAAGAAUGCUGUUGUGCCUUACCAAAAGCGAGGAAGCAAAGAACAAAUCUGUCGAGACACCCUUAACUGCGUCGAUGUACCCGCGUGCGUACAGACGAGGGGGGUUGAUGAGGCCGUGGCUGGCGGGCCGCUCCAAAGAGGGGGGGGCCUUGAAGCUGACCCGCGCCAAGCGAAUCCCCGGCCUCGUCGACGAAUGCUGCCACAAACCCUGCUACAACCGUGAUCUCCUCAACUACUGCUAGAGAGUCUAGACAUCCCCAUUAUCGUACUUACCUACCUUUUAAAUCACUUCCACCUACCCCUACAUGUA